AUGCCCAGCCCUCGACCUUCCAAGCGGCAACGAAUUUGCCGGGCAUGCGAUCAAUGUCGUCGGCGGAAGUCCAAGUGUGACGGGGCACAGCCUGCUUGUUCCAUCUGCCGCACGGCUAAUCGCACCUGCAGUUAUCAGAAUGGCGGUGGACGACGAGGCUUGGCCCCUGGAUAUGUCCGAAGCUUAGAGACAGUCCUUGGGCUUGUUCUACAGCAUGUCCCAAAUAGCGAGAAAACAGUGCAUGAUCUUUUGAUUAAGUCACGAAACAAUGACCACUUCCUUGCUAAAGAUCCCGCAACUAUCUGGCGGCAGUCUCGAUUGGCCAAAGAUCUGUCCAAGUUGACUGAAAAUGAUCCUCAAGAAAUCUCCACAGUGACCAUCCCUGAUGAAUCCGAAUGGGACAUUCUAGAGAUGAUCAAUACUCCAGGCAUCAUUACUGCUGGCACUGAGCCUGCAACCUCGGGCCCAAAUGAGCCUGCCCUACAGCAAGAAAUUCCAAAUAUUGGGACAAGCCAAAUAGAUUGUGUCCAUCUACCGUUUCCAGUCGAUACCCUCGGCAUGCUGGAAAUUUAUUUCACGUAUACACACUGCUGGUUCCCGAUUCUAGAGCGGCAUGAUCUAUUUCGGACAAUGCAUACAAGUCUCGAAUCUGAGACGAUCCCAAGUCAAGGUUCAAGCCUAGUUCUUUGGGCAGUUGUGGCUUACGAAUCAUCCACAAAAGAUGGCAGUAACCCAAGGCAGCCAGAUCCUUUGCAAAUACAACAAUCAAUCUAUGCACGAGUCAUGACACAAUCGACAAAUUUAGAACUAGGACACAUACAAGCUGUGAUUGUUCUUGCUCUACUACAGCUGAAGCUAGGAGACAUCAAAAACUCGUGGAGGCUUGCUGGCCAGGCUUCCAGAAUGCUGGCGACAUUACCGAUAGCAGCUUCCAGGAACAACCGAUAUCAUAAUACUUUCCAUGGGUGUAUCUUCCUUGACAAUAUUUUGUCUGCGAUUUUGAACAAAGCGCCCUGCAUGUCGUUGGAAGAGCAACAAGAAGAAGGACCAAUCAACGAAGAAAACAUAGAAGAAUGGGACGUAUGGUCGAUAUCUCUACGAGCUUCAGAAGGCGGAUGCCGAAACACUCCCAAAGGACCACUGCGAGCAUUGAGCAUCUUUAAUAACAUCAGUCAGCUCAUGAAGUACUUGGCUCGAAUAUUGUAUAUGUCGACCAAUAUGCCGCUCGCAGAUGAGCGCGAGUUGUUAGCAAAUCUGCAAGCCCAACAGAAAAUACUUAUCGAAAAGUACCCACAUAGCAAAAGCACAGAGUACAAUACACCUCCAUUACUCACUUUACAUCUCACAUGCUCCUUUGUGAUGUUGGAUUUCAUGAAAAGAAGCCCAAUGAUUGACAUGACCGGAAAGGAGUUAGUUGUCAAUCUCGUGCGAUCCAGCCUGAGUUUGUUGGAUCAAUAUCAGCAGAUGACCGGAUCACUACAAAUAUCACCAUUAUUGUCUUGUUUUGCUCUACAGUGCGGGCAGUGCAUUGGUAUCGUUUACUCCGACCCCAACUCCGAGGAACGACUGGCUCUCGAAAACAGACUUUGCUCAUACCUGCAGAAUUUGGAGGCCGGGAUGGGAAGCCUCCAGAGGUCGGUCAACAUCCGAUCUUCAAGAGCCGAGGAUGCUCGCAUGGAACCUCCUUACAUUGGGUUCGUUCAGCCGUCUGAUUUACAAGUGUUGGAAACUCGACCCGAAAACUCCGUCAUUGCUCCCCCAGCGAAUCCCGCUCCUGACUCAUGUGUUAUUUCGACUUUCCAAUCACCGGUCGCGGUUGCACUUGCAGACACCGAGGGAUUUGAUGCACUGUUUGAGGAAAUGGUCACCUCUAUCCCGGUGAACAGGCAACAACCUCUCUUCGCUCAGAAUUUAGGUUUCUACGCUGGGAAUUUGGAUAAAGACUUCUUGGAGCAACUUCAACAGCCAGCGGACGGUUGA